AACCGAACUCAGUGACCUUAACUGCGAAGUCGGUGACCGAGUCGCCACUUUGAACAGCGAUGCCGAGUUGACUUUUGACUGCUUGGCAAACUAUAGUCAUUCCCCAGGCCAAGGUUUCGUCAUUCUCGAUUUGCCUUUCUUCCUUCGAAACGGAAUCGUUUUCGGAUCAUCAUCUCCAUCAUCAUGACUUCUGCAAUCGCUCAGCUUUCUUCUAUCUCUUCAGUCAAUCGUAAACUACAGUUACAGAAACGAUCAUUCCCUCCUGCUUCUCUUCGUUCUAAGUUGCCAGUAUCUAUGCACCUUGAAGGAAGUGGAAUUGAACGUACGCGUUUAGAGACUAUGACCACCUUAAGUUAUACCUCUGAUCCAUCAGUUUCGCAUGUAGAGGGUACAAUGAAAUCCUAUCCAAAUAAAGAAGAACAAGUUGGUGGCAAGUUGGGGGUAGAUGACCAAUUACAGGAGCAAGUUGUCACCGAACAGAAAAGGGCAGCAAAGAUCCACGAUUUUUGUUUUGGGAUCCCAUUUGGUGGGCUUGUUUUAAGUGGAGGUCUUGUUGGAUUUGUUUUCUCGAGAAAUCUCACAACUCUAAGCACUGGCGUGCUCUUUGGAGGUGCAUUGUUGGCCCUGAGCACCACAAGCUUAAAGGUUUGGAGGCAAGGAAAAUCCAGCUUACCAUUUAUAUUGGGACAAGCAGCACUCGCAGCAGCACUUCUUGCAAAGCAUUAUCAGACCUACUCAUUGACGAAGUUCUUGCCAACUGGAUUCUAUGCCAUUGUUAGUGCUGCAAUGUUGUGUUUCUAUUCCUAUGUGGUGAUCUCUGGAGGAAACCCUCCACCAAAGAAGUUGAAGUCAGCCAAAGCUGCUUCAUCGUGAUGGAAUGUAAAAUUGGAUGCGUCAGCUCUUCAUGCGAUUUCUUAUAUGAGUUCUGUUUAGGUUUUGAUUGAAUAAGGCCCAGUUUUUGUUAUUUAGUUCACUCUAAUAAAUAACUGGGGGAAGAGAAGUAUAUAAAUAGAGAGAGUGUGUGUUUUCGUGUGAGUUCGGCUGUAAUUCUUGAAUUGUCUUGCCAACCUUGCCCAUGUGGCUGGGAGCAUAGUUAGCAAAUUCGGAUUCGGGAAUUGUUCGGGUGAAGAAUAAUUCAGAAUAAUUCGAUUGGUUAAUAUAAGGCUUCGGUCAAAAAAGUGGACAAAAUAAAAAUCGGAUUCGGAUA